AGUGGACGCUCGCUGGUGGCGUGAACCGGAAGAUAAAGACAGCGAACGUUCUUGCCGCUUACUUCGGCGCAAACAACAGCAGCCGCUGAAAGAAAAUGCCGGCAGCGACGAGCGUCGGGGACAAUUACAACAAACUACUGGAACAGUGCGAGGCGCAGGAGCUGGAGGCCCCUGGUGGGAUCGCGACGCCGCAGGUUUACGGUCAGCUGCUGGCCUUGUAUCUUCUUCACAAUGACAUGAAUAAUGCCCGCUACUUGUGGAAGAGGAUUCCUCAGGCGCUCAAGACGGCUAAUCUGGAAUUGGGAGCCAUAUGGGCAGUGGGGCAGCACAUCUGGCAGAGAGACUUUCCUGGCAUCUACACGACCAUCGCUGCGUACCAGUGGUCCGAGUCCAUUCAGCCCAUCAUGGAUGCACUGAGAGAGGUGACACGCCAACGGGCAUUUGGGCUGGUGGCACAAGCUUACACCUCCAUCAUGGCUGACGAUUUUGCUGCUUUUGUCGGGUGCCCAGUGGAUGAAGCCGUCCAAGGUGUUGUUAAUCAGGGAUGGCAAGCUGACCCGAGUACCAGGAUGGUGAUGCCCAAAAAGCCAGAUCCCCCUCCAGUGUCGCUCAUCCCCAACGAGCAGCAGUUGGCGCGCCUCACCGACUAUGUCGCUUUCCUUGAGAACUGAAGGGCACCCUCCAGGGCUGAAGACAUUGGCAUUUGAGGCGGGCCUGAAGGCGGUGGGCAUGGACUCGGACCCCAAGCCAUUUCGUUUUUGUUUCCCCCGCUUCUUCUCUACAAUAUUUAGCGUGGAGACCAUCAGCUUUCUGGACUGCUGCUACUUGCUGAUCGUCGUGUCUUCACUCAAGUUCUUCAGCAGGCCGAGCCCCACGUGGUUUGGAACAGCCAGGUGCCAACUGAGGUGCCAAGGCUUCUACUCACACUGACUGACUGCUUCUGUGUUUUUCUGUAAUGGAUUCCAUAGAACACUUUCAAGCUCAGCUGGCUCACUUGGGCACCACUCUAUGCCCCCUAGCU